GUCGCCCCUUACUUGCUACCUUUGAUUUCCUUUCGCCUAUCGCGCUUUUCUAUUCUCCAUGCCAAUAAUAUCCUUUUUCAGCGAAAUCCUAUCUUUCCUGCCUUAAACCGGGACGGGAUAAGUUGCCACUUGGCCAGCCGGGUAAAAGGGUUAGGGGCAUAUGCGUAGAUUUUUAAUCCUGUUAGGGGUAUUUUUGGGAAUGCGGCUCGCAAAGAUGUGGGCUGUGUGUGGGGAAUCCCAACAACCCGUCAUUUCCCCGUUUUCUUUAUUUCUCUCUUUCAGUUCUCCCCCUUUCCUCACUUUUCUCGAUUUCUCUGUCGCGGCCCUAGCCGGAGCAGCUGGGGCCGUCAUCUCCCGCCGCUCUGCAUCGCUGUCGCCGCCCUAGCCGGAGUCGCUGUCGCCGGCCGUAUCAUCGGCUUUGAUCAUCUUGCCAGCGCCAAACUAAUCUUCAUCUGUCAUUCUAUUCACUUUCAGUAACGAUUUUGUUCUAUUAGUAGUGCUUUUUCUCCGUCCAUUUCCUAGUGCGAAUCUUCUUACAUUGUUUGAUAAUCUCUUUGUUUGGUGAUUUAGAGAUGUUCUAAUCACUUUCAAUAACGAUUUUGUGCUAUUAGUAGUGCUUUUUCUCCGUCCAUUUCCUAGUGCGAAUCUUCUUACAUGGUUUGAUAAUCUCUUUGUUUGGUGAUUUAGAGAUGGAUCUUGAACGGAUCUUGAAUAUCUUCUCUAAGGACUACGAGGAAGUCGAGGCAAGGAAGGCUGAGGUUAAUACUCACCAUACCGCGCUGUUGGCUCUGAAGGAAACUGCUCUACAAGUAGAUGCUACUAAUGAUCAGGAAGCUGCUAAGAACCUACUGGAAGAGCUACGCCAAACUGAACAAUCGCUUAAGAGGGCGAAAGAAGCAGCUUCCGGGGCUCUGACCUCACUGGGAUUGAGUACCAAGAAUUGUGUGCGCCAGAUUCGCAAUUAUAAUGUUGAAAACAUUGUAAAGAUGCCGCCUAAUUCAACUCCGCCGCAAGAAUGUUUCUCUGUUCUCGAUCUUCCUGAAGAACUUCCUCCGGGGCAAGAUGCGUUUCAGAGAUACAAGUCCUUCGUACUGGCCCGCACUAGUCUUGAGGAGGAUUUAAUUUGUCAUACUCUUGACCUAAACGAAAUACGAAUUGACUUGAUGCCUUCAGGAAAAGAUAUAAAUGAAGCAAUCGGUUUGGUGAAGAGGUAUUUUGAUAAAGCUACCAUUUAUAAGCGAGACCUAGGGGUCCAGAAAUUUGUCGAUGCUCAGAAGUUGGAGCUAGCCCUCUCUGCUGUGGGGCAAGUUGGUGACCAUCCACCUCUCACUCCCUCAAUUCCUGUUUCUGAGGGGCCCCUGCUUGAACCUCAUUUUAACAAAUCUGAUCUGGCAGCAGUUAAUGAGCUCGAGCUUGGAGCUAUCUUAAAUGAAUUCAUUGAAAAAUAUGAAGCAUGUAGACUUAGCCAUGACAAACUUGGGGAAAUGUACACUCUACUGUUGGAUAAUAUGAGAGACAUGCAGGAGAUUACUGAUCCAAUUGCUGCAGUUGUAGCUCUCGAUGCGUACUUGCGAGAGUUGGAUUCUUAUGAUGACAAAAGAAGUGCAUUGCCUGUAAUCUUCCAUGAACUUAACUCUUUGGCCAGCAACACUAGGAUUCAGAUCAUUGAUCGUCAUCAUCAACUUUUGGAAAAUAUCGGAACUGUUGGUCAAGGACUCAAGCGUCGUCGAUCUGAUGACUUAACAGCCAGCAGUUCUGGUGAUACAUCUGCUCCUGCUGAAGGUGACACAUCUGCUCCUGUUGGAAUUGAUGACGACGGGCUUCCAGCUACUUAUGUCAAAUAUUGUAGCUAUCUUGAGGACCAUGCGAAAGCUGUCCUUUCUGUUGCGAAUGCUCGUACCGGUGCGACCGACCUAGUGGCUAAUCUCAGUAAUUGUACCAACAUUGGAGCUGUCAUUGAACUGAUAAUGAGAUAUGCUAAAACUAUUGAGGAAUUGAGGGGAUGCCUUCAAUCGGAGGCCAUGUUGAAGGGUAUGCUUGAUACCAAAGCCUUGGAUACUCUGAGGACACUUGAUCAGUAUUAUGAACCACCCUCGCCAACUGUUCAUGCUGAUGUGUUGAUUAGACUUGAUGAUGACGAUGACGAGGACGAAGGAAAUCCUGGUGGACAAGCUGUUAAUGUUCGUGUAGGAACUGCUCCUACUCCUGCUUCUGAUGUUGAACUACCUGGUAAUGCAAGUGCAGGACCUCCUGCCCCGAAUUCGGAAGGAUAAAGUUCUACUAACUAAGCUGUAGUUCAGUUGAGGACUUCGAAUCGUGAUCUAUGGGUGGCAUGUGAUUCAGAUGAAGGUGAUACAGCUGCUCGUUUUGGAAAUGACCUGCCCUAGACAUGGAAGGAUCAGUUCACGUUACUAUGUUGUUUGAUUCAGUUGAGGAUAUAGAAUUUUGAACUUACGAUGCAUUUGAUCAUCUAUCUUUGCUGGCAUGUGAUACUCGAUACUGGUAACUGGAAUUCCUAUGGUAAUGCGUAACCACUCAUGUUCGGUAAUCUUUUAGUGGUUCUUGGAUUCUAAAAUGCAGUCAUGCGUAAUCUGUCAUAUUGUUUGGUAAUCUUUUAGUGGUUCUUGGAUUCUAAAAUGCAGUCAUGCGUAAUCUGUCAUAUUGUUUGGUAAUCUUGUAGGGGUUGUUGGAUAAAGUUUUUUUAAAGGC